CAACCGGUUCCGGAAAGUGGAAAGUCAGAACGAAAACAUACACAGCGAAAAUAUUAGAAUUCCAUAUUUAGUGUUUAUUUGAAGCAUGGAAAGCUUUACAGUUAGUUUGAAUAUAGAGUCAAAGUCAUGGACAGCAAGCGGCUCUGUACUUGGUAGAAAAUUUAUUGAAGAAGACAAAGAUGUUACUCAGAAAUUCAUACAGUUUUGUUCUGAUAAGUAUGGUUUAGCUAAAGAUGGGAACAUAAUUUGGAAAACUGAGACAAUUCAAUCUAUUGCAUUAGAAGAUGAAGAAGGAAACCCAGAAUCAGAGGUAGCAAUGGAAGGAGACAUACAAGACAAAGAGGGGGAUCUUUCAAUAAACAAAGUCCAAUUGUCAAAACAUGAUAGUGUUGAGGAUUCAAAACAGAGUAAAAUACAAUGUAAUGAAAGUUUGACUGAAGAGGAAAAUCUACUGCAAACUAAUUCAAAUAGCGCUGUUAGGAAGUCAUCAAGGUUAAAAAAUAAAGAGCCGAAGAAGUUUAACAGUAUGGAAAUUGAAAUUGAGGGUGAUUACAAUUUUAAUGGAAUAAAAUCUGAAAUGGAUGAAGAUCAAGAUUUUAAUGGCAUCAAAUCUGAAAUAGAUGAAGAUCAAGAUUUUAAUGCAUCAUGCAAAAAUAAGGAAGUAUUAGAAGGCGAAAGAAACUUUGAAUGCAGCUAUUGCAAGUUAAUUUUUGUAACUAAAGCUGAACAUACAUCACACAAUAUUGACAUGCACAAAAAUAUAUUUGAUGAUGACAUUAUACCAGAAAGUACUGACCUUUGUUGUGACCUUUGCAAUCGACAGUUUUUAUCAAGAAAACAGUUAAAGAAACAUAAACAAAGGCAUUCAAGUAAGAAAAGUGUGACUUGCCCAUUGUGUAAAAAUAAAUUUUAUAAUGAGCAAUCAGUUAAAAAGCACUUAAAGAAGAUCCAUCAAGAAUUAAGACCCUGUUGUUUUCCAUGUCAAUCCUUAUUUGAAUCUGAAUCAGUAUUUACUGAGCAUAAAUUACAAAAUAUUUGCCUGAAGAAAAAUAUAGCAAGUGUCCAGUGUAAAACUUGUGGCAAACAUUUCAUGAGCAUAAAAUAUCUCUAUACUCAUAAGAAGUUAGCCCACGGUCUAAAAGUCAGUAUCUGUCGAUUUUGUACAGAAUGUUUUGAUAAAAGGGAAGAUUUGAGUUAUCAUUUAGAAACGCAACACAAAACUACUACCACUUGUGAGGGAUGUAGAGCUAUAUUUGAAACUGAUCUGGAAUUCAACAAACAUUUAAAUGAUGUUCAUAAAGACAGGGUAAUUAGAUGUUCUCAGUGUUCAGAUGUAUUCUUUAAAAAAAGAGAUUUUGAGACACAUAUGGAGGAACACACAAAUGGGUCAAGGUUCAUUUGUGCAGAGUGUGGAAAAGGUUUCAUUCACAAGAUGUCUUUCAAUAGACAUAUGAUAUCCCAUAGUUCUAUGCGUCCUCAUCAAUGCGAAUCUUGUGGAAUGUGUUUUAAGCUACCGUCUACAUUACGAUUACAUUUGCGAACGCAUGUGCAAGAUAAAAAAUACAAAUGUGUGUCAUGUGACAGAGAAUUUAGGUCAACUGAAGGGUUGAAAAAUCAUAAAAUCAAAUAUCAUAUGACAGAAGAGGAACUAAAAUCGUACAAGAAUAAAAUUUAUACCUGCGACCAUUGUGGUAAAAAGACGGGACAGAAACAUGUUCAUGUCAGGCAUGUCAGAUCUCAUACAGGUGAGAAACCUUUUGAGUGUUCCGAAUGCAUGAAACCAUUUCCGACAAAUUCUGCGCUUAACAUCCACCGUAAAACUCACGUGGAUAAAAACAGAUUAUUAUGUGUAACUUGUGGCAUGAGUUUCUGGAACAAAUCUCACUUCAACAGACACAUUGAUUCAAAAAAGCAUCGUUGUCUUGUAGCAAAGGAAAAACAAAACCUGAACAAACAAAGUUCCAUUCCAAAGAAUGCAGAGCAAGCAAAAAAUACUGUUAUCGUUUUAGACAACCAAAACCAGAAUUUCACAACUGAAUUUGGAAAUAAUGCGGCAUCUUCAUUGACUUGCAUCAUAAUACCAGAAAACUUCCAAAACGUUCAUCUGGAAAACUUUGAAACAGUAGGAAACAAUGUUGACACUAUAUAUUUAAAGUCAUUGGAGUAAAUUGAGAUGUUCAACAUGAUGUUUUAGAAAGAAUUCAGAUAAAAUUAUUUUCAAAUA